CAACACAGACCGCCACAAAUGGACGUCCGCGAGUUCGUGUUAUCGGCGGGCCGAGCCGUGCUGGACGUGGUGGAGCGGGAGUGGCAGCCGCUGUCUCCGGGAGAGCUGGAGCAGCGGCUGGACCAGGCGGUGGAGGAGAUCCUGGAGGCGGAUCUCAUGGCUCCACUUAAAGCGCGGCCUCCACCCCCGGGAGGAGCGCAGCUGCUGCGGAGUCAAGCGAGCGCGGAGCCCCAAGUUUUACCGACGGAAACGUGCGUCAGUCCCCCGGAGGAAGAGACGCCGGAGCCCCGGGAACCGAUUGAGACCGUUGACGAUGCAGCAGUCAAGUACAUCACAGAUGUGCUUCAAAACUCAGAGUCCAGGGCUCGGAUGGCCGGACGGGCCCGCUUGUCCCUGCCCCACACCGUCCUGCUGUCCCUCACUCUGCUCUCUGAGCGCGUCAGCUACCGCUCUGUGUCCCGCCGCUUCCACCUGGAGAAAGGGAACAUCCACAGGAUCUUCUUUUCUUUCUGCGAGCGCCUCAACACGCUGCAAGAGAAGCAAAUCCGGUGGCCGGUCGGCGGGGAGGCUGUGGAAGCCCUCUCUCCACUUUGCCGCCCAGAUAAGGAGCAGGAGGAGCAGCAAGGUGUCCCUCGGGUCCUGGGAGUGUUGGGACACACGCGCAUCCCGAUCCGCCUGCCCAUAGGGAAGCAUGACGUGGAGAGCAUGGUGCCGGAAGUGAAGAGGAUGAAGAUGGAGGCCCAUCCCGACUCCUGGCUGAACCUGCAGCUCGCGUGCGACCGCAAAGGCCGGUUCCUACACUGCAGAACCAGUAGAGGCUCAGACGUGGACAGAGGCGGCGCUCUGAGGGACAAACUCGAGCAGCAGCCUGAACUGAUGCCCUCUGGCUCCUGCCUCGUGGCCAGAGCCGGCUACCCGCUCACGGCUCAGAUUCUAACGCCGUACUCGAGAAGUAUCGGACCGAGAGAGGCGCUCUUCAACGAGAUGCUCGAGGAGCAUUUUCAGAUCCUGGACCAGGCCGUUGCCAACCUGAAAGCCCGAUUUAAAAGGCUUCGGUAUCUGGAUAUCGGAAACUACGAGCGAGCGAGAGCCGUUGUGCUGACCGCCUGUGUGUUGCACAACAUGUUCUUGGACAUGGGACAGGAGGUGCAGGGGGACGUCGAGAAAGAGGAAGCCGUGACCCGAGAGGGGGCGUUGGAGAUGGAUGACGAGGGUGUACGCAGACGAGACGCCAUCUCAGAUUUGUUGUUUAAAAUGUUUGAAUCUGGAAGCGUGUGAUGUGACGAUUUCUGCUGGGAAAAAGCUUUUUAAUAUAAAAGUUCAUUUUUACAGAA